AUGAUUCUGGAUCUCUUCCUUCAACACCCGUGGGCGUAUCUGGCAGCAGCCGUUGUUGGACUACUAGCCACAAAGCUCCUCAUUAACAAGUAUGGCAAUGGCUUGAACGGAAUACCCGGACCGGCUUUGGCCGCUUUCACGGACCUCUGGCGCUUUCUUGAUGUGUAUCGGAGAAGACCAGAAGUGACACAGAUUGCUCUACAUGAGAAACACGGUAGCGUGGUGAGACUCGGACCCAACACGGUCUCGAUCGCGGAUCCAGCUGCUAUACAGACAAUCUACGCCCAUAACUCAGGUUAUACGAAGUCAGAUUUCUACCCGGUGCAGCAGACCAUAAACAAGAGCGGCAAGAGACUCAUCACGCUCUUCACCUCACAAGAUGAGAAGUUCCAUUCGCAGCUUCGACGUUCUGUAUCAAAUGCUUAUGCCAUGAGCACACUCGUUCAAUUCGAGCCAUUCGUCGACUCCACUACCACCGAGUUCUUUAAACAACUUGACCAGCGAUAUGCCAACCAGAACGACGUCCUUGACUUUGGGACAUGGCUGCAGUACUAUGCCUUUGAUGUCAUUGGCGAGUUGACGUACUCCAAGAGACUAGGCUUUGUGGACCACGGAAAAGACGUGGACAACAUCAUCGGGAAUCUUGAAUGGUUGCUCAACUAUGCAGCACCUGUUGGACAACUGCCAAUCCUCGACAGCUUACUCCUCAAGAACCCAUUAAGGCUACAACUUACAAAAUGGGGUUUCACCAACUCAUCCUCUCCCGUCGCGAUAUUCGCCCGCAAUCGAAUGCUCGCCCGCGUUGAUCCUGAGAAGCUCGGCGACAUGAAGUUCGACCAAGACAAUGGCCGACGAGACUUUCUCUCACGCUUUCUCGAAGCCAAUCAAAAAGACCCAGAGUUCAUGAGCAACGAUAGAGUGCUCGCUCUGACGGUUGCAAAUAUGUUUGCAGGCUCAGAUACAACGGCGAUUACUUUCCGAGCUAUCUUUUAUUAUCUCAUGAAGAACCCAAGUGACAUGAAGACUUUGAUGUCUGAGCUAGCAGAGGAAGAAAAGGCCGGCCGAUUUACCCGCGAAGAUGGUCUUGUUAGUUGGAAUGAAGUUCGAGACCUUCCCUUCCUCAACGCUGUUGUCAAAGAAGCUCUUCGAUGCCAUCCCGCUGCAGGUCUCAUGCUCGAACGUAUCGUCCCCGCACGCGGUCUUGAAGUCGACGGGCAUCAUAUCCCAGGCGGCACCAUUGUUGGAGUAAACGCCUGGGUUCUUCAUCGCAAUAAGGAUAUCUUCGGCCAUGAUGCUGAUCGGUGGAGACCGUCGAGAUGGAUUGAAGCUUCGACUGAGCAAAAGAGACGGAUGGAGAACUACAUGUUUGCUUUUGGCGCGGGUUCGAGGACUUGCAUUGGGAAGAACAUCAGUUUGUUGGAGAUGUAUAAGAUGGUUCCUGCUUUAUUGCGGCGAUAUGAGCUUGAGUUCCCGUCGGCGGAUAACACAUGGCAUCUGAACAACGGUAAGCUUCACCUAUCCGAGCUCUUUCAUACAUCUGCAAGCACCGCCUUGUGA